GCGGCGGCGAUGGAGGACGGUGGCCGGGAUCCGGUGCCCGCGCAGCCCCAGCAGCCCCCGGCCACGGCCCCCGGCGGCGCGGAUGACAAGCCGGGCGGCAAGGAGCGGCGGGAUGCCGGCGACAAGGACAAGGAGCAGGAGCUGUCCGAGGAGGACAAACAGCUGCAAGAUGAGUUGGAGAUGCUCGUGGAACGUCUGGGGGAGAAGGACACAUCCCUGUACAGACCCGCGUUGGAGGAGCUGCGGAGACAGAUUCGGUCCUCCACCACAUCCAUGACCUCGGUCCCCAAGCCUCUCAAGUUCCUGCGUCCUCAUUAUGGCAAGCUGAAGGAAAUCUAUGACAACAUGGCUCCGGGGGAGAAUAAGCGUUUCGCAGCUGACAUCAUUUCUGUCCUGGCCAUGACCAUGAGUGGGGAGCGUGAGUGCCUCAAGUACCGGCUCCUGGGCUCCCAAGAGGAAUUGGCCUCGUGGGGUCAUGAGUAUGUCAGGCAUCUGGCAGGAGAAGUGGCCAAGGAGUGGCAGGAGCUAGACGAUGCCGAGAAGACACAGCGGGAGCCGCUGCUAACGCUGGUGAAGGAGAUCGUCCCCUACAACAUGGCCCACAACGCGGAGCACGAGGCCUGUGACCUGCUCAUGGAAAUCGAGCAGGUGGACAUGCUGGAGAAGGACAUCGAUGAGAACGCCUACGCGAAGGUCUGCCUCUAUCUCACCAGUUGCGUGAACUACGUGCCGGAGCCAGAGAACUCGGCCCUGCUGCGUUGUGCCCUUGGUGUGUUCCGAAAGUUCAGUCGCUUCCCUGAGGCUCUGCGCUUGGCCCUGAUGCUCAACGACAUGGAGCUGGUGGAAGAUAUCUUCACCUCCUGCAAGGACGUAGUGGUACAGAAGCAGAUGGCGUUCAUGCUCGGCCGCCACGGAGUGUUCCUCGAGCUGAGUGAGGACGUGGAGGAGUAUGAGGACCUGACAGAGAUCAUGUCCAAUGUGCAGCUCAACAGUAACUUCUUGGCCUUAGCUCGGGAGCUGGACAUCAUGGAGCCUAAGGUGCCCGAUGACAUCUACAAGACCCACCUGGAGAACAACAGGUUUGGGGGCAGUGGCUCGCAGGUGGACUCUGCGCGCAUGAACCUGGCCUCCUCCUUCGUCAAUGGCUUUGUGAACGCGGCCUUCGGCCAGGACAAGCUGCUCACCGACGACGGCAACAAGUGGCUGUACAAGAACAAGGACCACGGGAUGCUGAGUGCAGCCGCGUCCCUUGGCAUGAUUCUGCUGUGGGAUGUGGACGGAGGCCUCACCCAGAUCGACAAGUACCUCUACUCGUCUGAGGACUACAUCAAGUCGGGAGCCCUGCUGGCCUGUGGCAUCGUGAACUCGGGCGUGCGGAACGAGUGUGACCCGGCUCUGGCGCUGCUCUCAGACUAUGUGCUCCACAACAGCAAUACCAUGAGGCUCGGCUCCAUCUUCGGGCUGGGCCUGGCCUAUGCUGGCUCCAAUCGCGAAGAUGUUCUGACGCUGCUCUUGCCUGUGAUGGGCGACUCCAAGUCCAGCAUGGAGGUGGCAGGGGUGACGGCCCUGGCCUGCGGAAUGAUCGCGGUGGGGUCUUGCAACGGCGACGUCACUUCCACGAUCCUUCAGACCAUCAUGGAGAAGUCGGAGACUGAGCUCAAGGACACUUACGCCCGGUGGCUCCCUCUGGGGCUGGGCCUCAACCACCUGGGGAAGGGCGAGGCUAUUGAGGCCAUCCUGGCCGCACUGGAGGUGGUGUCGGAACCGUUUCGCAGUUUCGCCAACACGCUGGUGGACGUGUGCGCCUAUGCAGGCUCCGGGAACGUCCUGAAGGUGCAGCAGCUGCUCCACAUCUGCAGCGAGCACUUCGACUCCAAGGAGAAGGAGGAGGACAAAGACAAGAAGGAGAAGAAGGACAAGGACAAGAAGGAAGCCCCGGCCGACAUGGGGGCACACCAGGGCGUGGCUGUGCUGGGCAUUGCCCUGAUCGCCAUGGGGGAGGAGAUCGGUGCGGAGAUGGCGCUGCGGACCUUCGGCCACCUGCUGCGUUACGGCGAGCCUACACUCCGACGGGCUGUGCCGUUAGCACUGGCCCUGAUCUCAGUUUCAAAUCCACGGCUCAACAUCCUGGACACCCUGAGCAAGUUCUCUCACGACGCUGACCCGGAAGUCUCCUAUAACUCCAUCUUUGCCAUGGGCAUGGUGGGCAGUGGCACCAACAAUGCCCGGCUAGCUGCCAUGCUGCGACAGCUGGCCCAGUAUCAUGCCAAGGACCCCAACAACCUUUUUAUGGUGCGCCUAGCACAGGGCCUGACACAUUUGGGCAAGGGCACCCUCACCCUCUGCCCUUACCACAGUGACCGGCAGCUCAUGAGUCAGGUCGCAGUGGCGGGGCUGCUCACCGUGCUAGUCUCUUUCCUGGACGUUCGCAACAUCAUUCUGGGCAAAUCCCACUACGUCCUGUACGGGCUGGUGGCCGCCAUGCAGCCCCGCAUGCUGGUAACCUUCGACGAGGAGCUGCGACCCCUGCCAGUGUCCGUCCGCGUGGGCCAGGCGGUGGACGUGGUGGGCCAGGCCGGCAAGCCCAAGACCAUCACGGGGUUCCAGACACACACCACUCCGGUGCUACUGGCUCACGGGGAACGGGCAGAGCUGGCCACUGAGGAGUUUCUUCCCGUCACCCCCAUCCUGGAAGGUUUUGUCAUCCUGCGGAAGAACCCCAACUAUGACCUCUGAGUGGCCACCAGGGACUCUGAACUGCGGCUCUUGUGUCAGGCCAGGCUUCUGGCUGCCCGGAGUGGAGGCUGCUCCACACCUUUGGGGAAAUGGUUCUCUUUUCAUUCUUUUGUUACUGAGCGAGGAAGGUUGCUGAAUAAAGGCCUUUAUCCCCGA